AUCUAGCGCAAGAUGUUCGGUGCCCUGGCUCUACUAGCAUCCAAUGCGCUCGCCUUCGGUUGCUCUCCCCUACCAGCUGGUCAAGAAGUGAGAGUAUCCUUCCUGGCAGAUGGACUUAUGAAAAUACCUCUGGAAUUUGCCUAUUCUGAAACGAAAGCUGUCACCGACAAGCAACCAAAAUUUGCUACAAAUAAGGAUGACGCCAUGAAAAAUAUCAGACAAUACAUCAAGAGAGCGGUGACGUCCGUUAUUAGACAGGAAGCCAGGAAAGCUGGAAUUGAACAUUUGGUCACAAACAUUGCCAGCCAGAUUAAACCGACUGUGUACGGUAGUCCGCUGAAAUGCUCGAGCCUUAUUGAAGGAACGACGUCGAUCCCAUCUGCCGAAGAAAAUGCAACACCCAAACCGCUUGCACUGUUUUGUGUAGUGAAAGACGAUUUGGUGACUAACAUAGCGUACACUGCUCCAAAAAAAGAAGGAGACAACACCGAACUACCGGAAUUUUAUGAGGUUCCACCGGCACAUCAACAGUUCACAGUCACCCUAGCUGUUUCCAAUUCCAUCAUUGCCGGUUGGAGCAGGGACAAAUGGGAUCUGAUGCUGUUACAGGUGGAAAAACAGCUGAGAAGUGAUACAAAUGCAUCCUCUUCAAGUGUGAGAGUGUGUUUCCUGGUUGAUGGGCUUUUGAUAUUACCUCUGGAGUUUGCCUAUACUGAAUAUGGAGAAGUACUCGCCAACAAACCAAAAUUUGCCACGAAUAAAGAUGAAGCCUUGAAAAAUAUCAGAAAUUACAUCAAGAAAGCGGUGAUUUUCGCUAUUAGACGUGAAGCAAUAAAAGAUGGAAUUGAAAAAAACAUCACGCACAUUGCCAGUCAAAUCAAACCAACUGUUUACGGCUACCCGCUGAAAUGCUCAAGCCUUAUUGAAGGACAAGAGUCGAUCCCAAGAGAAAGUAAUUGUUGA